AUGCCCACUAUAAGUGUGGAUAGAGAAGAUCUAUUUAAUGCACUUAAUUAUAAUUAUACAACAGAAGAAUUCGAAGAACUUUGCUUUAAUUUUGGACUAGAAUUAGAAAAAGAUACAUCAGAAUCAAAAACUAUUAAUGAAAUACCUGAACGUCCACAAUUUAAAAUUGACGUUCCUGCAAACAGGUAUGAUUUGCUUUGUUUCGAAGGAAUUUCAAGAGCACUUAAUAUUUUCCUCGGACAUCAAAAAGCUCCAGAAUUUAAGCUUUCUAAACCAGAAAAACUACAAUUGCUUUAUGUAUCAGAAGAGACAGCAAAAAUUAGACCAUAUAUUUCUGCAGUUAUUUUAAGAGAACUUAAUUUUACUAAAAGUAGAUAUGAGAGCUUUAUAUCUUUACAAGAAAAACUUCAUUCAAAUAUUUGUAGAAAUCGCUCCUUAGUUUCAAUUGGAACUCAUGACCUAGAUACUAUUCAGGGCCCUUUUUCAUAUGAAGCCCACAAACCUGAAAAAAUUAAUUUUAUUCCUUUAAAUCAAAAAAAAUCAUUCAAUAUGGUCGAGCUUUUUGAAUUUUAUAAGAAUGAUAAACAUAUUGGAAAAUUUCUCCAUUUAAUUGAAAAUUCUCCAAUUUAUCCAGUUAUUUAUGAUUCGAAUAGAGUUGUAUGCUCAUUACCUCCUAUUAUUAAUAGCGAGCAUAGCAAAAUUACUUUAAAUACUAAAAAUGUUCUUAUUGAAGUAACUGGUACUGAUCAAACAAAAUUAGAAAUAGUAACAAACAUCAUGGUAGCUAUGUUCUCAUGCUAUUCAAAGGAUCCAUUCACCAUAGAACCAGUUCACAUUAAAUCACCACACAAUCAGUGCUCACGAAUAUGGCCAAAAGUAGAGCCUUAUAUAAAUUCAGUUAAAAUUUCAUAUAUUAAUUCUUGUUGUGGUCUUGAUUUAUCUGCAGCAGAAAUUUCCAAAUUAUUAGAAAGAAUGGGCCUUUCAUCAAAACAAUCUACUAUUGAUCCAGAAUUAUUAGAUGUAUUUGUUCCUAUUACACGUGCAGAUAUAUUGCAUCAAUGCGAUAUUAUGGAAGAUGUUGCAAUAGCUUAUGGAUAUAAUCGUCUUAAAAAAGUAUUCACUAAUAAAAUUGCUACAACAGGUAAACCUUUACCUCUUAAUAAAUUAACAGACAUUAUUCGUAAAGAAUGCUCUAUGGCAGGAUGGUCAGAAGUCAUGCCUCUUGUCUUAUGCUCAUAUAAUGAAAACUUCAAUUAUCUUGGUAAAACAAGUAAUUCAUUAGCAAUAAUUUUAGAAAAUCCGAAAACAUCAGAUUAUCAAGUUGUUCGAACGUCUCUAAUACCUGGAUUACUAAAAACUAUACGAGAAAAUAAAAAACAUGUUCUUCCUAUGAAAAUCUUUGAAGUAUCAGAUAUUGUGUUACAAAAUAAAAAUGAAGAAACAUUAUGUAAAAAUAAAAGGCUAUGGAGUGCAGCAUAUUUUUCAAAUGCAUCAGGAUUCGAAAUCAUUCAUGGUCUCCUUGAUAGAAUUAUGAAUAUGCUAAAUACUAAUAAUGUUACACCAGAGGAUAAGAACCCUGGUUAUUGGAUUCAAUGCGCAGAAGAACCUAUAUUUCUUAAAGGGAGAUGUGCUAAAGUUUUUCUACGACUUAAAAAUAUGUUAGAAAUCAAUGUAGGUAUUUUUGGAAUUCUUCAUCCAAAUGUUCUUAAAGCAUUUGAAAUACCAUUUGUUGGUUCUAUUUUAGAAAUUGAUAUAGAAAAUUGGCUGUAA